GAGCUUCAGAAAUGGGAAACCUACUUUGAAGAUUUCUUGGGAAGACGAAUGGGGAUCAUCGGAGAGAAGAAACCCAAAUCUUCUUCUUCUUCUUCUUCUCCGUCGUCGGCGUCGCAUUGUGCCGAUUUGAGAGCUGCCUACCACAAUUGCUUCAACAAGUGGUAUUCGGAGAAGUUCGUGAAGGGUCAGUGGCAGAAGGAGGAGUGCGUUGCUGAGUGGCAGAAGUACAGAGCUUGCCUCUCCGAACAUUUGAAGGACAAGCACCUGAGCAGGUUCUUGGAAGCCGAAGGCCUCGACAGCACCACAGGAGCCGAUCCAGCGGGCGUGGCGGACGGUGCUGAGACUAAUCCAUCAAAUUGACGCCGUAUCAAUUGAUAAGAUAUAGAACGUGGAUGGUGAUUUUUUUAGAUUAGGUGAACUCACAGGACUCAUAAGGCUAGGAGACUUGAUGCCCUAAGGGUCUCUCUUGACAUCUGAAGAUUCCAUUUGGUGGUUGGGACUAGGAAGGUUAUAUAUCAUACUAGGUACAGGAAUUUCUUUGCUCUGAAAUAUUAAACCAGCUUGUUGUAUUUUACGUUGGUUCUAACCUGGUCCUCUUGCUCAUAGCGGAAAAUCAUGAAACACUCUCUUACCUCUUUUGUUUGGUUACAUCGGGACGGUGAUGUAUCUGAGUUUCUCUUCUGAUCUUGUUCAUUUUCUUUUGGUGAAACAAUACAUAUCCAUGUUUUAUCACAGUGUUCUAACAAUUAUUCAACACAUUUGAAGGAUAUACUCAGACCCUUAUUCUCUCCUCUAUCUUCUGAAUUGUGUUACCACUUGUCUAUGAAA